UAAAAAUGAUAACAUGUCUAAUAAUCAAGAAAUAUCUUACUUCGUAUAAUAAAGUACAAUUAUUUAUUUAAAUUGUUCUUAAAUCAAAAAUUCAAACAAAAUAAAAUUCAUACAGAAAUUUUGUUUGAUUUAAUAUAAUAUAUAGCCAUAUAGAUACAAUACUCAUCAUGGAUAAACGAUUCUCUAAAAUUGGCGAUGAUCCAAAGUUUAGGCGUGUGCCUAAAGCUGAUCGAAAAGUUAAGAUUGACAAACGUUUUCAAUCAAUAUUUAAUGACAAACGAUUUAAAGUUAAAUAUACUAUUGAUAAAAGAGGAAAACCCCUACGUGGUUCUACAACUGAUGACUUUAAAAAGUUUUAUCAUAUGUCCGAUGAUGAAAAAGAAGACACGGAUGCUGAACAAAAUUCUAGUGAUGACAUUGCUGAAGAAUCUGAGUCAGAAGAGCAGACAUUAGUUGAAGAGGAUGAUGAUGAUGAUGAUGUAAAGAGUAACAUAAUCAGUAAAACUAUCAAAGAUCGCUUAAAAGAUAAAACAGUAGACUAUGCUAGGGGCGAUGGUGAAUUGAUGUCUGACAGCUCAUCAGAUGACGAUACAUCUGAUGAAGAAAAAGAAGAAAACGUUGAACAUUGUUGGGGAGAAUUAGACAAAGACGCUGAUAAUGUAGAGGAAGCCACAUCUAGGUUAGCCUUGUGUAAUAUGGAUUGGGACAGAAUUCAGGCAGCUGACUUGAUGAUUCUAUUUAAUUCAUUUUUACCUAGUGAUGGUUACAUCAAAUCUGUAACUAUUUAUCCAUCUGAUUUUGGUUUAAAACGAAUGCAAGAAGAGGAACUUAAAGGGCCUCCUGAACUAAUUUCUAAUAACCCUAAGGAAAUUGGUUCAUCCGAUGAUAGUGAUCAAGAAGAAGAAGAAGGUGGUAAAUUUCACAUGGAAAAACUACGUAAAUAUCAACUAGCAAGACUUAAAUAUUACUAUGCUAUUAUUGUGUGCGAUUCUCCUGGAACUGCUGGUAAAUUAUAUACAGACUGUGAUGGUAUAGAAUAUGAAAGCAGUGCCACACGUUUAGAUUUACGAUUUGUACCAGAUGAUACUGAAUUUGAUCAAGAACCAAAAGAGGUCUGUGAUAAACUACCAGAUUUAACUAAGUACAAACCUCAUCUAUUUACUACUACCGCUUUACAACAAGCGAAAGUGAAUCUUACAUGGGAUGAGACAGAUCCGAGACGUAGUGAAUUAGUAAAUAAGCUUAAGACAAACCCGAAAAGUGAAAUUAAUGAUAGCGAUUUACAGAAUUAUGUAGCUUUUAGUUCAGAAGAUGAAGACAGUGAUGACGAAAGUAACAAAUUUGUUGAGGAAAAUAAUGAAGAUGGUGGUUCUAAAAAAAACCCCAUUGAUAAAUACAAAGAACUAUUACAAAAUAUACAAGAUGAAGAAGAAAAAAAGGCUAGUAAAGAUUCAGAAUUAGAAAUUUCAUGGGGUAUUGGCUUACAAGAAAAAGUGCAAAAAUCAGUUGAUGAAAAAUCUAAGAAAAAUAUGACACCAUUCCAGAAAAUGAUGGAAAAAAAGAAAGAGAGAAUGAAAGAAAAACAAAAACUAAGAAAAGAAACAAAUGAAACUAAAGAUAACGAAAUAGAUUCAGAGAAUGAAAACAAACAAAUCAAACAACAAGCAGAAUUAGAGUUGUUAUUAAUGGACGAAGAACCUAGUGAAAAACAACACUUUAAUAUGAAAAAAAUACAAGAAGAAGAAACUAAAAGCUCGAAAAAAAAGAAUAAAAAGAAAAAUUUAAAUGAGAAAUCUGUUAAUGAUGCUUUCUCUGUUGAUGUAAAAGAUGAUCGAUUUUCUGCAUUAUAUACAUCACAUCUAUUUAACAUUGACCCUGCUGAUCCAAAAUUCAAAAGGACAAAAGGCAUGGAAGAAUUUAUUUCUGAAAAGGCAACAAGGAGGCAGCAGUACGAUAUGGAAAAAGUUGAUAUUCCUCCAAAAAAGAAGUCCAAACAAUCAAUUAUUAAUCCAGAACUAUCUAAUCUUGUAAAAUCCAUCAAAAGUAAAACUAAACAUAAUAAAUAAGUGUAAAGUAAAAUACAGGUG